UGUUUAGUUGUUUCAAAAUUCAUCAUCUCUCUCGCAUUGAUUUUUUCUUCUAACUCUCAAAGAAUCGCCGAAAGAAGAGAGAUCAAGAAAUAGUCAUGGUGUCAUCGCCACGGAGUGAAUCUACCUCCGGCAACAACAAUACAACCACUCCCGAUGGAAUCAGCGGCAAGAGAACUCCUUCCUCUUCUUCUUCCGAAGAUAAAUCUCCUUCAUCCAAACGCCCAAAGUUGGGAGAUGGCGGCGGCGCUUCUAUCGAGAACAGUGAACCUCCAACCUCCGGAGAAGCCAAGAUUGCGGCGGAACCACCACCACCUCCUGUUGCGGAAGGCUCAACACCAGAUAGUUCUUUUUCCGGCUGGAAAUAUCAACACAGUACAUUUAAGACUCCAUGGUGUCGAUUGCUAUCAGAGUCUGCACAGCAUCCAAACGUUAACAUUUCUACAUCGUCCUUCACUAUUGGUUCUUGUCUAACCUCCAACCUCACAUUAAAAGAUCGGAAUCUUGGUGCAUUAUUGUGCAAGAUCACAAGAAUUCAGCGCAAAGGCAAUGUUGUAGCGGUUCUAGAUAUCACAGGAACCGGGGGACCUGUGCGGAUAAAUGGAGCACUUGCUAACAAGAAUGUCAGCCAUGUCCUACACUCUGGUGACGAAUUGGUUUUUGGUGACGCAUUCGCUUUCAUAUAUCAGCAGAUGUCUAAAGUUGCAGUCAAAUCUGGUGGGGAACAGGUUCCUGCAGCAAAAUUUCUAAAAUUAGAGAGACAGGCAAGAGAUCCAUCAAGCGUUUCGAUUUUGGCAUCGCUUGAAAUCUCGCGUGAGAAUCCUGCUACUUCUGGCGUCCAAGAAGACCCAGAGCUUGAAUUUGACAAUCAAAGUAAUAAAGCUGCAGACAGUGGAGUAGUCAGCAGCCACAACCAAUAUUCCAAAAUGGAGAUAUUAGAUGAGAAAAACGAGGUGACAAGGUGGCCAGAACAAGCUGCAAGAUUCAGGAAAUAUAUUCAAGCUGGUAUUGUUGACAGCGAAAGAUUGGAAUUUUCAUUCGAAAAUUUUCCUUAUUAUUUGAGUGAGAAUACAAAGAAUGUUUUACUAGCUGUUUCACAUAUACAUCUGAACAAAGAGAAUACAGGAUAUGCCCUAUAUGCCUCCGACUUUACCACUUUGAAUCCAAGGAUAUUGCUUUCUGGUCCUGCAGGAACUGAAAUAUACCAAGAGAUAUUAGCUAAAGCACUUGCCAAUUACUUCAAGGCGAAAUUGCUAAUAUUUGACGGCCAUCCAAUUUUGGGGGUUAUGACUGCUGAAGAAUUUGAGUCACUGAUGAAUGGACAUGCUUCUAAAAAGCUCAUUGACCGAGGGAAAAGAUUGGAUUUGUCAGCAGGUGAAGGAGAUUCAUCUGGCCCUUCUCCUGCUACUUCUCCCGGUCCAGACUCACAGCCUAAGUUUGACCCGGAGACUUUACCUUGUGACAGGGUAAGAUUCUUUGGUGAUGAGUUGUUUCCCGGGCUACCUACCUCAAGGGGACCACGUUAUGGGAUUAGAGGGAAAGUACUUUUAGUAUUUGAUGAGAAUCCUUCAGCUAAAGUGGGUGUUAGAUUUGAGAAUCCAGUACUUGAUGGAGUUGAUCUUGGUGAACUGUGUGAAAUGGGACAUGGGUUCUUCUGCAGUGCUACUGAUCUUCAGUUCGAAAGCUCGGGUUCUGAGGAUCUAAAUGAAUUACUUGUUAGCAAAUUGUUUGAGGUUGCCCAUGAAGAGAGCAGGACUUGUCCGGUUAUUCUAUUCCUGAAAGAUGAUGAGAAAAAUUUUGUUGGAAAUUCCGAUUUCUGCUCUGCAUUCAAAAGCAAAGUUGAAGAAAUCCCAGAUAACGUAAUUGUGAUCUGUUCACAGACACACUCUGAUAAUCACAAGGAGAAGGAUAUUGGAUUUCUAACGAAUCUCUUUGGGAAUAAAGUUACCAUUUACAAGCCACAGGGUGAGGAUCUUCUUAAAUCUUGGAAGUAUCAUUUGGAUCGUGAUGCUGAGACUUUGAAAACAAAGGCUAAUCACAAUCACUUGCGCAUGGUGUUGGGACGAUUUGGUAUAGAUUGUGAAGGCAUUGAGACGCUGUGCAUGAAGGAUCUCACACUUCAAAGAGACAGUGCAGAAAUGAUCAUUGGAUGGGCUCUUAGUGACCAUAUAAAGUGUAAUCCUGAUGCUGAUCCCGAUGUUAGUGUCACUUUGUCUCUUGAUAGCUUAAAAUGUGGAAUAGAACUCUUUCAGGCUCUUCUAAAUGAAACUAAGAGCCAGAAGUCUCUCAAGGACAUUGUGACAGAAAUUGAUUUUGAGAUAAGUGAUGUUAUCCCGCCCAGUGACAUUGGUGUUACAUUUGAUGACAUUGGGGCACUUGAGAAUGUCAAAGACACUUUAAAGGAAUUGGUUAUGCUUCCUUUAAAAUGGCCUGAACUUUUCUGCCAGGGGCAAUUAACAAAGCCUUGUAAAGGAAUUCUCUUAUUUGGACCUGCUGGAACUGGAAAGACCAUGCUUGCAAAGGCAGUGGCAACGGAAGCUGGUGCUAAUUUGAUCAACAUCUCAAUGUCAAGGUGGUUUAGUGAGGGUGAGAAAUAUGUCAAAGCUGUCUUUUCGUUGGCCAGUAAAAUCUCCCCUAGCAUUAUCUUUAUGGACAAGGUGGACAGCUUGCUAUUGCAAUAUCAGAAGACGGCAAAUGAAUUCAUAAUAAAUUGGGACGGUCUGAGGACAAAGGAAAAGGAACAUGUUCUGGUUCUUGCAGCCACAAAUAGACCUUUUGACCUUGAUGAGGAUGUCAUUAGAAGGUUGCCUCAUAGGUUGAUGGUGGGACUACCAGAUGCUCUGAAUAGAGCAAAGAUAUUGAAGGUUAUACUUGCAAAAGAAGACUUGUCCCCUGAUUUUGAUAUCGAUGCAGUUGCUAGUAUGACUAAUGGAUAUUCUGGAAACGAUCUUAAGAAUCUAUGUGUUACUGCUGCCCGCCGUCGAAUCAAGGAGAUAGUGGAGAAAGAAAAAAGUGAGCGAGAUGCUGCUCUGGCUGAAGGAAGAGUUCCUCCAGCACGAAGUGGAAGUUCUGAUAUCCGAGCUUUAAACAUAGAGGAUUUCAGAAACGCACUUGAGCUGGUGAGUAUGAGCGUCUCAUCAGAGUCUGUGAACAUGACAUCGCUUCAAAAAUGGAACGAACAUUACGGGGAAGGUGGAUCCAGAAAGCAGCAACCAUUCGACCACUACACCGACACGCAGUUCAGCUCCAUAACUUGGAUUCGGCAAGCAGUUCACACAGAUGUAUAUAACUGUGGCGACGCUUCUUCCCCACAGAGAGGAAACAGCGAAGCGAAAAGCUUGGAGGCUCACAAAGAUGGAUCUGCUUUUUCCAAUUCCUUCUCCUCCGCUGCUAGUGCUUCUGAUGUGAGUCAUAUAGUUGGUCGAAAAGGAAACAACUUUACAGUCUCUUACCUCGUUGAUUCAUUGGGUUUACCUAACAAGCUCGCAGAAUCUAUUUCAAGGAAAGUCGGCUUCGAGGACAAGGCCAAUCCUGAUUCUGUUCUGAGUCUUUUGAGAAGUCAUGGGUUCACUGAUUCUCAGAUCUCAAGCAUCAUUACGGAUUAUCCACAAUUGCUUAUAGCUGAUGCUGAGAAAUCACUUGGUCCCAAGCUUCAGUUUUUGCAGUCCAGAGGAGCUUCAAACCCCGAGCUCACUGAGAUUGUUUCUGCAGUUCCGAAAAUCUUGGGAAAGAAAGAGGGAAAAUCUAUCAGCGCAUACUAUGAUUUCGUCAAAGUCAUUAUAGAAGCAGAUAAGAGUUCCAAUUUGGGAAGGAUAUGUCAUUCUUUGCCAGAGGGUAGUAAGCAGGAGAAUAAAAUUAGAAAUGUUUUGGUUUUGAGAGAAUUGGGGGUGCCUCAGAGGGUUUUAUUCUCAUUGCUUCUAUCCGAUGGCAGACAUGUUUGUGGAAAAGAAAAAUUUAAAGAAUCACUCAAGAGAGUUGUUGAGAUGGGUUUUGAUCCAACCACCUCAACGUUUGUCGAAGCUCUCAAGGUUCUUUACACAUUGAGCGACAAAGGAAUUGAAAGUAAAUUCAAUGCCUGUAAAAGGUUAGGCUUGGCUGUGGGCGAUGUAUGGGCAAUGUUCAAGAAUUGGCCAAACAUUCUGACACAGUCUGAGAAGAAGAUAGAGAACUCCAUUGAAACAUUUCUAGGUCUAGGAUUCACCAGAGAUGAGUUUUUGAUGAUGUUCAAGCGUUUUCCUCAGUGCAUUGGAUUUUCGACAGAGUUGGUGAAGAAGAAGACUGAGUAUCUGGUGAAGGAGAUGAAUUGGCCACUUAAGGCUGUGGCUUCAAUCCCUCAGGUUAGAGGAAGACACUCUUGUGUGCAUACAUUGGGAGUUUAUUUCUCAGUCCUCCUGCAACACAACUUCAGUAAGAGUCAUAUGCCUCUUUCAAUCGUUCGAGUCAUUGCUUGGAUCAUCAGAAGAUGGAAGCAACAGAAGGCAGCUCCUUUUUCGAAUUCAUACUCCUCUGCUAGUGCUUCUGAUGUGAGCUCAAAAGAUGGUCGAAAAGGUAACAACUUUACAGUCUCUUACCUCGUUGAUUCAUUGGGUUUAGCUAAAAAGGUCGCAGAAUCGAUCUCCUUGAAAGUCAGUUUCGAGAACAAGGUCAAUCCUGAUUCUGUUCUGAGUCUUUUGAGAAGUCAUGGGUUCACUGAUUCUCAGAUCUCCAACAUCAUUACGGAUUAUCCUAGGUUGCUUAUAUUAGAUGUUGAGAAAUCCCUCGCUCUCAAGCUUCAGUUUUUGCAGUCCAGAGGAGCUUCAAGCCCUGAGCUCACUCAGAUUGUUUCUACAGUUCCUAAAAUAUUGGGAAUGAAAGAGGGAAAAUCUCUCAGCAGAUACUAUGAUUGCGUCAAAGAGAUUAUAGAAGCGGAUAAGAGUUCCAAGUUCGAAAAGUUAUGUCAACCUUUGCCAGAGGCUAAUAGGCAGGGGAAUAAAAUCAGAAAUGUUUCGGUUCUUCGAGACUUGGGUGUGCCUCAGAGGUUGUUAUUCUCCUUGCUCAUCUCUGAUGCCCAACCUGUUUGUGGAAAAGAAAAUUUUGAAGAAUCACUCAAGAAGGUUGUUGAGAUGGGUUUUGAUCCAACCACCUCAAAGUUUGUCCAAGCUAUUAGGGUUGUUUACAGAUUCACCGACAAAACAAUAGAAGAAAAAGUCAAUGUCUACAAAAGGUUAGGCUUUGCUGCGGAAGAUGUAUGGGCAAUGUUCAAGAAGUGUCCUUACUUUUUGAAUAGUUCGGAGAAGAAGAUAGGUCAGACAAUUGAAACCCUGAAGAAGUGUGGACUACUCGAAGACGAGGUCCUCUCAGUGUUGAAAAAGUAUCCGCGAUGCAUUGGUACUUCAGAGCAGAAGAUAUUGAGCUCCAUUGAAACAUUUCUCGGCCUAGGCUUCAGCAGAGAUGAGUUCACGACAAUGGUCAAGCGCUUUCCUCAGUGUCUUAUUUUAUCUGCAGAGACGGUAAAGAAGAAGACUGAGUUUGUGGUGAAGAAGAUGAAUUGGCCACUGAAGGAUGUGGUUUCAAACCCUACGGUACUUGGAUACAGCCUCGAGAAGAGAACUGUCCCAAGGUAUAUGGAUUGGAAUGAUGCAAUGCAGCUCCUGAGCUCUUGGAUUGGUCAUUUGCAGAAAUGGCGUCAUUUGAGCGUUUCAGUGAACUUUCUCGAAAAUGAAUCUUCUUUUUCCAAUUACUUCUCCUAUGCUAGUGCUACAGAUGCGAGCCUUAGAGCUGGUCGAAAAAGGUUGAAUUUUUCUGUCUCUUACCUCGUUGCUUCAUUGGGUUUAACUAGGGAAGUCGCAGAAUCGAUCUCAAGGAAAGUCUGUUUGGUUGACAAGGGCAAUCCUGACUCUGUUCUGAGUCUUUUGAGAAGUCAUGGGUUCAUAGAUUCUCAGAUAUCAAGCAUAGUAACGGAUUAUCCACAAUUGCUUGUAGCAGAUGCUGAGAAAUCACUUGCUCCCAAGCUUCAGUUUCUGCAGUCCAGAGGAGCUUCAAGCUCUGAGCUCACUCAGAUUGUUUCUUCAGUUCCUAAAAUCUUGGGAAAGAAAGGAGACAAAACUAUCAGCAUAUAUUAUGAUAUCGUCAAAGAGAUUAUAGAAGCGAUAAGAGUUCCAAGUGUGCCUCAGAGGGUUUUAUUCUCCUUGCUCAUAUCUGAUCACCAACCUGUCUGUGGAAAAGAAAAUUUUGAAGAAUCACUCAAGAAAGUUAUUGAGAUGGGUUUUGAUCCGACCUCCUCAAAGUUUGUCGAAGCUCUAAACGUUGUUUAUAGAUUGAGCGACGAAACAAUAGAAGAAAAAGUUAAUGUCUGUAAAGGGUUAGGCUUUUCUGUGGGAGAUGUAUGGGAAAUGUUCAAGAAGUGGCCUUGCUUUCUGAAUAACUCGGAGAAGAAGAUACGCCUAGGAUUUAGCAGAGAUGAGUUUGCAAUGAUAGCCAAGCGCUUUCCUCCAUGCCUUAUUUUAUCUGCAGAGACGGUGAAGAAGAAGACUGAGUUUGUGGUAAAGAUGAUGAAUUGGCCACUAAAGGCUGUGGUUUCAACCCCUGCGGUACUUGGAUACAGCCUCGAGAAGAGGACUGUACCAAGGUGUAAUGUAAUUAAAGCUCUCAUGUCAAAAGGAUUACCCGGAAGUGAACUGCCUCCAAUGUCGUCUGUUUUGAUAUGGAUUGGAAUGAUGCAGUGCAGCUCCUUAGCUCUUGGAUUGGUCAUUGCAAAAGAUGGUCGAAAAGGUCAGAUUUUCACUAUCUCUUACCUCAUUGAUUCAUUGGGUUUAACCGCAAAACUCGCUGAAUCGAUCUCGAGGAAAGUCAGUUUCGAGGAGAGGAGAAAUCCUGACUCUGUUCUGAAUCUUUUUAGAAGUUAUGGUUUCACAGAUCCUCAGAUCUCAAGCAUCAUUACUGAUUAUCCACGAUUGCUUAUAGUAGAUGCUAAGAAGUCUCUUGGUCACAAGCUUCAAGUUUUGCAGUCUAGAGGAGCUUCAAGCUCUGAGCUCACUGAGACUGUUUCUAAAGUUCCUAAAAUCUUGGCAUUGAAAGGGGACAAAACUAUAAGCAGAUACUAUGAUUUCGUCAAAGAGAUUAUCGAAGCGGGUAAGAGUUCUAAGUUUGAAAAGUUAUGUCAUUCUAUGCCACAGGGUAUGCAAGAGAAUAAAAUCCGUAAUUUAUCGGUUUUGAGAGAACUUGGCGUGCCUCAGAGGUUAUUAUUCCCUUUGCUCAUUUCUGAUCGUAAACUUGUAUGUGGAAAAGGAAAAUUUGAAGAAUCUCUUAAGAAGGUUGUUGAGAUGGGUUUUGAUCCGACAACCUCAAUGUUUGUCGAUGCUCUGCGUGCUGUUCAAGGAAUCAGCGAGAAAGAAAUAGAAGAAAAGGUCAGUUUCUAUAAAAGGUUAGGCUUUGAUGUGGGAGAUGUAUGUGAAAUGUUCAAGAAGUAUCCAGUCUCUAUGAGAUUAUCCGAAAAGAAGAUAACUCAGAAGUGUGAAACCUUGAAGAAGUGUGGACUACUCGAAGACGAGAUCCUCUCAGUGUUUCCGCAAUGCAUUGGUGCUUCAGAGCAGAAGAUAGUUAAAUCCAUUGAAACAUUUAAAGACCUCGGAUUCAACAAAGAUGAGUUUGCGUUUAUGGUCAAGCACUUUCCUCGGUGUCUUAACAUAUCCGCAGAGACGGUGAAGAAGAAGACUAAGUUUUUGGUGAAGAAGAAGAAUAAGUUUAUGGUGAAGAAGAUGAAAUGGCCACUAAAGUCUGUGGCUUUGUAUCCGCAAGUACUUGGACUAAGCAUGGAGAAGAGGAUUGUACCAAGAUGUAACGUUAUGAAAGCACUCAUGUCGAAAGGAUUGCUUGGAAACAGAGAAAGCAAAUUACCUUUAAAGGAAGCUGUCUUGUUAUGUACCGAUGAAGAGUUCUUAAGAAUGUAUAAGAUAUGUCAAACAUUUGAAACCCUGAAGAAAUGUGGACUAGUCGAAGAUGAGGUCCUCUCACUGUUGAAGAAGUUUCCCAAAUGCAUUUGUACUUCAGAACAGAAGAUAUUGAACUGUAUGGAAACAUUUCUAAGUCUAGGGUUCAGCAGAGCUGAGUUCACAACGAUGGUAAAGCACUUUCCUCCAUGCAUUGGAUUAUCUGCGGAAAUGGUGAGGAAGAAGGCUGACUUUCUAGUGAAGAAGAUGAAUUGGCCACUAAAUGCUCUGGUUUCAAACCCUCAGGUACUUGGAUUAAGCAUGGAGAAGAGGACUGUUCCAAGGUGUAACAUAAUCGAAGCUCUCAUCCAAAGGACUGCUUGGAGAAACAGGAAGCGAACUUAUGUAUCAGAUAUUCUCUCAAUCUCACUGUUUAAUCUCGCCGGAAAAAUUAUGGCUCGGCCUUCGUCGGCGUCUGCAACGACGGCAAUCAGACCGGAAGAUUAUUCUCACAGUCCAGUUCAUUACGCCGUCGUUUUGGGAGAUCACGGUGGACUAACUCGUCUUCUCUCUUCCUUGCCGAAGUUAGGAGAUCCUGAACAGAUCCGAACAGAAUCCGACUCACUGAGUCAAGAACGAGUUGCGGAUCAGAUCUCCGCCGUGCUUGACCGUCGCGACGUUCCUUCACGCGAAACGCCUCUCCAUCUGGCGGUUAGACUUGAUGAUUUGUUCGCGGCGAGGGCAAUUUCGUCAGCCGGUGGUGAUAUUUCACUGCAGAACGCUUCUGGAUGGAAUCCGUUACAGGAAGCGUUUUGUCGCCGGAAUUCUGAGGUUAUGAAAGUGCUUCUACGGCAUCACCACCGUUUAGCUUGGUGUAAAUGGCGGCGGAGAUUACCUCGUUUAAUCGCUGUUCUUCGUCGGAUGAGAGAUUUUUACAUGGAGAUUUCAUUUCAUUUCGAGAGCUCUGUGAUUCCGUUCGUCGGAAAAAUCGCUCCCUCUGAUACUUACAAGAUCUGGAAACGCGACGGUAACCUCCGUGCUGAUACUACUUUAGCUGGAUUUGAUGGAUUGAAAAUUCAAAGAGCGGAUCAAAGCUUUUUGUUCCUUGGUGAUGGUGACGAAUCUCUAGAUAUUGCUCCUGGAUCUUUGCUUGUACUGAAUCGAGACGAUCGGAAAAUUCUCGACGCUUUUGAAAGUGCCGGAGCUCCGAUUAGUGACUCCGAUAUCGCCGGAUUCUGUUCUCAGUCUAGCUUGUAUCGUCCGGGAAUGGAUGUUACUAAAGCAGAGCUCGUAGGAAGAACGAAUUGGCGACGGCAAGAGAAAAUGGAGAACGUCGGAGAAUGGAAAGCUAGGGUUUAUGAAAUCCAGAAGGUUACAUUUAGUUUCAGAUCUCGGAAAAUUGUUACCGGAGAUGGAAGCGAACAAGUUUUACCGUUGGAGUUAGACGAAGACGAUGAAGGAUUCUUAGUAGCUGAGAAUCCGAGUUUCUUAGCUCCUCCGCCACGGUCACAGAGACGACACAGUAGCUUCGUUAAAGAAGAUAGAGAUUGGAUCUCCGUUGGGAGAAAAAGCGUCGACGUUUAUCCAUCCGCCGCACCACCACCGCCACAACAAUCUCAAUCACCGAGAAGAUCAGUGUCUCAAUUUAAACCACCGAGAAGAUCAAUGGCUCAAGUCCAGCCACCGAGAAGAUCAGUAGCUCAAUACCAGCCACCGAGAAGAUCAGUGGCUGUACCCUCAACGGUGUCUCCGGUGAAUCCUCCGCCUUCUCCUCAGAUUAAAGAGAAGGAAUUCGUUAAGAGUUUGCAUCCGUCAGUGUGGUUAACGGAACAGUUUCCGUUAAAAACGGAGGAGCUGCUUCCGUUACUUGACAUUUUAGCUAAUAAAGUCAAAGCCGUCGCCAGAAUGCGUGAUCUUCUCACCACCAAGUUCCCGCCGGGAACUUUUCCAGUCAAGCUGUCUAUUCCGGUGGUCCCUACGGUCAAAGUAGUCAUCACAUUCACCAAGUUCGUCGAGCUUCCCCCGGCGGAGACAUUCUACACGCCGCUCUCAAGCCCAAGAUUCCUCUACUCAGCCGCCGCAGAAGAAGACCAAUCCGAUGGCGAAAAACCUGAUGCUCGUAAUUCGAUUUCACGGCCAUCGACAUGGCUGCGACUAGCCACCGGUAAAGGCUCACAUCGACGGAUAGAGGAGGAGGAGCAACAAACGCCGGACCCAUUUGCUAUACCAAUUGGAUAUCACGAAAUGGCAAGUGAAGCACCGAGUUGGGCAGAUCAAUGGGGAACCGGAGGGAUCGGGGAGAUGCCGGAGGAAGAGAACACCAAAAGCAAGAAAGAUGCCGACGGUAAGAACUCUGGCCAAACCAAAUCGGCCAAGAUUGUUGAUUUCAUAAGUCUCAAGUGGAUGAAGAAUCUUGUGCAGAAGAAGAAAAAAGACUCUGAUUCUUGAAAAAGAAGAUAAAAAAAUAUCAUUGUAUCCAUAUUUCUUUUCGAUGUUUUGAAAGAAAUUGUUUCUUCCUAA